GGGGGCGGUGCGGGCCCGGCGCCUCUCCUCCGGGCGCAGGCGCCACCGUGAGCCCGUGGCGGAGGGCUGCCCGCCCCGGGGACGGCGGCUCCAUGAGCUGCCAGGUCUCGGUGCUGUAUUUCGCCCGCAGCGCGGAGCUGGCCGGGCUGCGCUGCGAGACCCUCCGGGUGCCACGGCAGGUCACCUCGCUGCAGCUCUGGGAGGAGAUCGUCAAGGUUCACCCCAGGCUUGCUGUCAUCCGGGAUCAAGUGGUUUUUGCUGUUCGGCAGGAGUACGUGCUUCUUGGAGAUCAGCUCCUGGUCCUGCAGCCCGGAGACGAGGUUGCCAUCAUCCCACCAAUUAGUGGAGGCUGAAUCUGCCCAGGUUCUGUUAGGUCCAGAGAUGAGAUUGCAGUUCUCUCCCUCUACCCCAGUAGUCUUCUGAGAGAACAUAACUUAUGUUUCCUGCUGGAGAGAACAAUUGUGCUGACCUGAAGCUGUAAGCUUGUGCACCAGUAAAUGAUUAACACGUAUGCAGU